CCGGUUGUCUAAGGUACCUGUUAACAGUGCGAAACGACUCGAAGCAAACUGGCUGCGCCGCAGGACGAAAGCGAUGAUUACCUAUUAAUUGCCCGCCCCAACCCGCAUAUUGGCCUGGCCCGCUCCUAGUCACAGUAUCUCAACCACACCACAGAAUACUCCCACCCCAGCAACAUGGCACCAGCAACAUUCCAAAUCCUCUCCGACCUACACCUCGAGACGCACCCCACCUACUCCUUCCCCUUCCGCCAAACCGCCCCCAACCUCGCCCUGCUCGGCGACAUCGGGCACGUAACAAACCCCAACCUCUUCACCUUCCUCGAGACCCAGCUCCGCCGCUACUGGAACGUCUUCCUCCUCCUCGGCAACCACGAGCCGCUCGGCUGCAGCUGGCCCGCCGCGAAACAGCACGUCCGCGCCUUCGCCGACCGCAUGGCCCAGCUGCGCGCCCGCUCCACCAUCGGCCGCUUCGUCUUUCUCGACCAGACCCGUCAUGAUGUUAGUGACACGCUGACCGUGCUGGGCUGCACGCUGUUCUCGCGCGUGCUGCCGGAGCAGGCGGCCGCUGUGGAGGGGCGGCUGGUGGAUUUCCAGCAGAUUAGGGAGUGGACGGUGGCGGAUCAUGUUGAUGCCCAUGUCGAGGAGUUGGGGUGGUUGAAUGAGCAGGUUGCUGAGAUUGCGAGGUCGGAGCCGCAGCGCCGGAUUGUGGUUUUUACGCAUCACAGCCCGACGGUGGAUGUGAGGGCGGUGGAUGAACGGCAUAGGGGGAGUCCCGUCUCGUCGGGGUUUGCGACGGAUUUGGGGGGCGAGGAAUGCUGGACGAAUCCGUCGGUGGUGAUGUGGGCGUUUGGUCAUACGCACUUUAGCUGUGACUUUGUUGAUGAGACCGGGAAGCGAGUGGUUGCUAACCAGAGGGGGUAUGCCCUGGCGCUGAAGACUGCGUUUGACGCGGGAAAGGUGUUUCUGGUUGGAGGUGAUGCUAGUAAUAGUACUAGUGGAGGUUUGCUGUAAACAACUUCGUCUUUAUUGUUAUUCAGCUACCUAUGGUUGCUCAUUUCUAGGAUGCAAAUAAUGCUGCUGGCAGCGAAA